AUGUCAUGGCACUUCCAAGAACCUGCAGAGGAGGGCCUGGCGGCACACCGAAGCUGCCUGGAGCAGCUCAAGGGCAGCCUGCGGACGGCCCUGAUCCAGGUGAAGAAAGGUGCAGGCCAAGAUGGCGCUCUGCAGCACAUCGAAAAGACCCUGCAGGGGCAGACCUGCCGUUUCGGCAGCCAGAUCUUUGGCUUUAAGCAGGCGGCGGUGACACUGCUGACGCUGCUCAAACUGCUGCCCGAGAGCCCUGAGCCAAGGGUGAUCAUGCAGCUGGUAGAGCAGCUGGCGCGGCAGGACUUUGGUAUCCUCAGCAGCUUCAUCAGCGACUGUGCCGAGGCCUUGGGCGCCCUGCGGCACCGGCCGCUGAAGCUGAGCGCCUUCCAGCGCACCGACCAGCGCUGCAAGGAGCGCUUGCCAGGAUCUGAACAGGCUGGGCUGCCAGACAAGUCAGGCUUGGCCCUGGACCUGGGCGCCUCCUCGCGCUUCUUGCGCUGCGGCCAGGGCCUGGCGCAGCUGGCGCGGAGCUGCGCCCACUUCGGGCCCGAGGAGAACCUCCACGUGGCUCUCCUGCAGCUCCUCACGAGCACUGCGACCUGGGCCGAGGCGGAGCCGCUGCUGCUGGCGUGCCUCGAGGCUUCCAGAAACCUCCGGCCCCAGGCCUUGUCCUUGGCCUUGCAGCAUGAGUUGAGCCUUGCGCUGGCGCCGGUGCUGCGGGCUGGGCUCAGGUCCUCCAACUCCUCGCUGCGCGGCGCCGCCGCGGAGCUGGCGGAGUUCUGCGUGGCGCGGCUCCAGGCGCCGGCGCUCUGCCCGCAGCUGCCCGGCCUCCUGGAGGUGUUGCUGGAUGGCGCCGAGGAGGAGCGCUUGUCGCUUCUGGCGGCGGUGGAGCGGAGCUUGGGCGAAAGCCUGCGGCCCCUACUGGCUGCAGGAAAUCUGCCCUGGAAGGCUCUGGAGGGCCCCAGCUGCCGGCACUUGGUGCCGCUGCUGCGCUGGCUGGACCUCAGCAAAGCUCCGGCUCUGGCCCGGACCUGCGCGCAGAUGGAUUUGAGCUCCGCCCGCGCGCAGCUGGAGGUCACAAACCUUGGCCUCGAGGCCACGCUGGAAGUGCUGCUGUUGAAUCGACCUCUGGCGCAGCAGCUGCAGGCGCAGGGCGAGAAGCUGACGCUGAGCUUGAUGGCUGCUCCCCAUGAAGGCGAGGGGACGGUGUGGCUCUGGGUCAACUGGUGCGGCCUCUCUCUGAAUUUCUCCGAAAGGCGGCUGCGCGGCACCGUGAAGUCCUACCAGCCGGGCGCUGGCUAUGGCUUCAUUCAGUGUGACGACGUGGGCGACGUUUUUCUGCAUAAGAGCCAGUUGCGGCGACUCAAUCUGGAAACUCUGCCCACCGGCGCAGAGGUGGUCUUUGAUGUGGAGAUGACCAAGCGGGGCCCGCAGGCCUACAAUCUCUUCCUAGCUGAGGAGGCGGCGAAAGGUUUGCCGGAGACGCAGGCGAAGGUGGCGGAGGAAAAUUGCGAGAGGCGGUUCUGCGAGUAUGGCUUGAACCGAUAUGAGCAUUGCCUCAGACGCUUGCUGGACUCUCUCGAGACCAGCGGGUUUGGCGAGCGCUCCCUGGGGGCACUGAAGGAGGUUGAGUCGGCCUUGCAGUGCGCAAAUUGCUGCGCGGACGAGCGCUUCGGGAGCAAAGUCCUGCUACUGGUGGCAGAGGCGGGGCAAAGGUGGGCGGACAGAAAGCACCCCUGCCACAGCGCGCUGCUGGCGUCCUUGCGCGGCAGGUUGUCGGCGCCCCCACCGCAGCCUGUGAAACUGUCCAUCAACAAGCUACGGUUUACUCAGGCGGAUCACAGCAAGAGCUUCUUGCAUGGCGAGCAUGCUGGGCAGAGGAUCGAUUGGCUUGUGGACCAGUUGCUGUCUGGCAACAUUUCGGUGGAGGAUCCUUCCAUGGUGCUUCACGUGGUCUACUACCAUGGCAUGCAUCGCUCUCUGAACAACCGUCAUCUCACUGCGUUGGUCAGAUUCGGCGAGCUCAUGGCAUCUCGCGAUCUCCCAGUACCCAAGUGCCUGGUCCGCGUGUGGCCGUUGGUGAGAGGCUUGCAACUUGAUGAUGGCUCGCAGCAAGAUGUCGUGCGGAAGUUCCUGCGUGCCAGCAAUUCCCAGAGUGACGGCACGACAAUUCUGCGCAAGAGCAGGCAUGGAACGUUCGCCACCGAGGUGGACCAACGCACGCGGAUCCAUGUGUUCGACUUGGAUUACUCUGUGACUGAGAAGGAAUUGGGGGAGCAUCUUCAAGGCAACGGAGUUGAGGGCCACUUCAGCGUGGAGAUCAAUUACAGGCCCAACAACCGGUCCAACGGAUAUGGCCGCCUCACGUUUCAGAGGUGUGAGGAUGCUAACGCUGCGCUGCUUGCAGACAUCCCACCCUUGCGGAACCGGAAAAUUAGGAUGCAGCUUGAUCACGUUUCCAAGUUUGAGAGAGGCGAGCAGUCGAAGGAAGGCGGCUUCAUGCGCUGCAUAUGCUGUCAUAACAGGUGCGCCCCAUUGGUCGAUGCGCUGCUGGUUGAGGACGUUCGCUUGGCUCGCGCGGACACACCAGCUGGGAAAUUCGAUGAAAUAUCAUCUUUCUUCUGUAUCGGUAUCGCAGCUUCACUUUUCAAUUGCAUCCGUGUAGACCACCCAGAUGCAGCCAGGAUGCCCUUCAAGAUCUCCCAAGUGAGUUGCGCGUGUUGCAAUGCGGACUUGGGGAACGUUCAGAAGGCUAGUGCCAUGCACGGCAACUGGGCUGAGCUGCUUGGGGAGGAAGUGAUGCAUUUUAAGUCCGCGUCUGUUCUUCUGGAACUGUCAGAUUGCCAUGACAGGCUUCUUGAAGUGCGGAAGUGGCGGUUUUUGGCUGACGCCGCUGGGCGAGAGCAGAAGUACCGGCUCAGCCAGCUCACGCUUGUUGAGGCGCAGGACUUGUUGGGCCUUCGCCAGCAGAACGACAAGCGCCACGCCCGUGUGGUGCCCAACAAGUUGGCACCGAGUUAG